AUGCAUGUGAGACCGAUCGAGACUUGUAUUGCGCGCGAGAACCAAAUCGAAAUACCGACCGGAACAAAGAACGGUCUUGUCUCUGAGAUCCAAAUCAACAGGCCUUCCUCGGAAGAAUUCUACAGAGCAAGAGCUCAUACAAGAGAUGUUUUUUUUCUUUUUCCCGAUCCGCAUUUCAAGGAGAAGAAUCACAGGAGGAGAGUGAUUAGUACUGAUUUGCUUGAUGAGUAUGCUUACGUUCUUGGAGUUGGUGGGGUUGUUUACACGAUCACUGAUGUUGAGGAGCUUGGUGAGUGGUUGAAGUCUUGCUUAGAGAGGCAUCCGAUGUUUGAGGCUUUGACGCAAGAGGAGCUUGAUUCGGAUCCUGUGGUCGAGCUUCUGUGUAAUGCUACUGAGGAAGGGCAGAAAGUUGCUAGGAAUGGUGGACAGACUUUCAGAGCAGUUUUUAGACGCAUUGCUUGUGUUUCUUGA